GGAGGGGGAACAGGUUGGGACGCGUAAGCUGGCCCCGCUCUCUUUCCCAGACAUCGACACGGGUCGCGCAUCGAUUCGAACACAUAUCCAAAGACGAAAUAAUGGUUUACCCUUAAAUAAUGUUUACUGGCACUGAGCCUUUUGCUUUUACUUAGGCUGUUUUAUUAUGUAUCCUUUUCCGAGAUAUAUUCAUAAAGAGCCAGUUCUGCGUAUUGAGAUAGCCCAAUGAUCACCAAAGCCUGUGCAAUGGCUGUUCCAUUGAACUGAAUGGGGCUUAUUUUUCAACAAGCAUAUCAUAAGGGAUUGCAUUGUACAGCAGCUUCUUAACUGAUUUGUCAAUCAGAUUUUCAAAAGCGUAUUGCCUCUAGAUGAUACAUCUCAUCCAGUGCACUGAGAUUCCUGAAAGAAGCUAACUCCAUCUUUAUGGAGAUUCCUUUCCAAGGGUGGCUGGCAUGGCAGCGUCUCCGUGGUUGUUGUUUGGGGGGAGUGGGGCAGAAAAAAUAAUGCUUAUUUUCUCAGGCUUUAAAAAUUUGCUUUUACGUUUUUAUUUACUGUACGUAUUUCAUCAUGGUUAUGGUUGACAGGUGCAAUAUAGUUUUUAAAACAAAUAAUUAAGACACUUUAAGAAGGUCAGCAGACUUGGUCAGUGUCUUUCUGCUGUGGGUGGUUUAGAUGAAGGAAGUCAAUUCCAGGUAGGGCCAAACUAUUUCAUUCCGGCAGGCAGUGUAAUCCAGGUAAAAAUGGUGCAUACGUGGAAGUUUACCAUUUAGCUUGGAAACAUUCUCAAACAGCCCCAAACAAUCCAGAUGGAGCAGGGAGGCCAACUGAAAUCAGCAGAAUUAUUAAUGAGUUGCUUUUUAUUGGCACCCCCCCCAAUAAAAUCUGCAAUAUUCAAAUAUCUUCUAAAAGAAACUCUCUUGCAUUGGCUAGAAAGAUCAAUUCAACAGUAGCAUUUUUUUAUGCAGUACAAUAGUGUAGAGGAUAUUAAUGUCUUUCACAAUUUCUCAUUUAAUCCCAAUCUCUAGCUAAUUUUAUCCUCAGGAAACUAUUUUUAAUGCUGAUGGCUCAGAAAACCAAGCUCUUGAGUACAAUUACUUAUGUAUUGUGAUUAUAUAAAACAGAAGCUUUCAGACAUAUUCACCCAUGCCUUAUACCAUGUAGCCUACCAGCUGAUUGUCAACUGGACAUAGACUUCAAGCAUGUGACGCCUGUUUUGUUUUUACUAGAAUUCUAAGAUUUACAAAGCAGAGCCUGGGAGAAAGGACACAGUGGAACAGCUAGAGUUUGGCAAUCCCCAAAUCCAUUCAGAAAGUGACAGGUGAUGAGGCAAGCAGUGCAAAGAUGCAGCACCCAUUCCUGACUUGACACUGUUGUGCCAUGACUGAUGCUGCUCACCAUAACAUUUUUUCUCCUCCUUCUCCUUCUUUUCUCUCCCUCUUCCUUCUUUUCUUUUUCACCAUCAUUAGGGAAAACAAAUAGUUAGAAGGGCUGGUUCUGUUACUUUACUUUUAAAAUAUGUUAUUCCUUUUCACAAAAAACAUUGUUUAAUGCCAAUGGUGGUCCAAAGGAAGCCCAUCCAAAUAUCAUUCAUAUCAUAGAACCAACAUUUUCUUAGCACACUGACAUUUUAAAAAGAAUUCUAGAUUUAAGAAAUUAUUCUGAGUAUUAAAACUGAUUUUUUAAUGGAAAAAUGGUUACUGUCUUGCUUCAAUUUUAGUAGUAUCACUUUGGGAAGAGAAUUUAUUUGUGGCUGCUUUUGUUAAAUGGUUGGGAAUCCAUCUUGUAAUCUGUAGCUAUCCAGAGCUGUGCCAGAAAGGUUAUAGUGCCACAUGCUACAAUUAAGGAAGAAUUGUUGUUUAUGUUUUGCUUUGACAUUUGCACUUCAUCCUCUUCAUAUUUUGUUUCCAAGAUAACCAGAGGCAGCUCUGUAUGAUUAUUAUAACCAACAAUAUGCUGACUCUCUCCCUUGCAAAACAUAGUCCUCCUUUUUCAACCUUUUGUGUGUACAUCUUCUGAACUACUUUUUUGACAGGUCUUUCAGGCAAUUUUGAGCUCUGUGUACUAGAAAGUACAGUGUUUCAAAAUGGUGGAACUUUUGGUUUUAUAUGAUCUCCUAGAAGAAAGAAUAUGUCACUUACAUAAAUAUGGAAAAUCAAGCAUUGUGAAAAUCUUUUGUUCUUUUAGCUACAAAAUUGGGUAGUUUGCAGUCUUAUGAAAUUGACUAGAGAACAGACAAAUCAAUCAUGGAAGGAUAGGACACCCCCCUCCCAUCAUCCAUAAAGGAUUGAUGGGUAGAAAAUAUUUUCUUUAAGAAGUUUCAUAUCAAAUCAUGAAAAGAAAAUAUUUUCUUUAAAAAGUUUCAUAUCAAAUCAUGAAAAGAAAAUAUUUUCUUUAAAAAGUUUCAUAUCAAGUCAUGUUUCCAAUUAUGCAUAUUUGUAGAUAGAAAACUGGCCUAAAAUAUAUACAGCAGCACCAAAUGAUAGACAGAAGAGUUAUACUGGACAAUAAAAAUAUAUGGUCUUAAUACCACCUAUUUCUUUCACAGUUGCGUGGUAUGCGACUUAUGUUCAUAUAUUUGGAUGAAUGGCAAGUUUUGAAAUAUUGAAAUCCAGAAAAUGAAUACCUUGGCAUCUAUAGAAUCAAAUAAUUUAGGAUUUGUUAUUUAAAGGGCUGCAGAACUCCAUCACUUUGUAAUUCUUUUUAAUGUAGCAUUUCUGUUAUGGUUUUAAUGUGAAAAAAAAAAAACAGUUAAUCUGGGGAUCAUCUAUAACUUAAGUCUUCUUAGGAUUCUGAUCCUUUUUAUUCAGAUACAUUUUUCUUCCAUAGAAAGAAAUACAAAGAUAAUGCUUUCUAUUUGAAUUUAUAUUUAUCCUUAUGAUAGAGCUGCUGUCCUUAAUUUAGGAUAUCAUUUUAACUACAAUCCUAUCUACUCUUACUUAAAAAUUGGUUCAAGAGAACUCAAUGGGCUUGUGUUCAAAACGGGAUGCAUAAACUGAUGGCAUGAAAACAUUUUAUUUGUAUAAAGUUAGGUAUAUGGGAAAAGAAUUAACCUCUCAGUGAUUGAUAACAUCAAGGAACAAAUGUAGUCAGCAUUACAUUUUGGUUUACUGAAAACUUGGAGAAAAAUCUGAAGCACCUGAAUAACAAAAAGUUAAACCUGGUACUGAAGUAAAUGGCUGAACUUCCACCUGGGAUUCGUUUGAUCACUUCAUUUACAAAAGACCAAUGGUAUAGGGCUUUCACAUUCGCCUUGACUUUCAUGCUGUAUGUUAGUUUUCAUUUAUCAAGGAAGCCAAUCAGUAUAGUUAAGGGAGAACUGCAUAAACGCUGUACGACUCUUCACAUUAUUGAGCAUGAUGCCUAUGAAGAAUAUGCCAUCCACAUUCCUCCUGUUAAAAAGUUAUAUAAUGAUUUUCACUGUGGCUGGGAACCUUUUGAUAAAAGCAACUACAAACUGUUAUUGGGGGCCCUGGAUUAUUCAUUUCUGUGUGCUUAUGCUGUUGGAAUGUAUCUGAGUGGCAUAAUAGGGGAACGUUUGCCUAUCCGAUACUAUCUCAGUGGAGGAAUGCUUGCCAGUGGAUUCUUCACUGCAUUAUUUGGAAUUGGCUAUUUCUGUAAUAUACAUAGCCUGUGGUUCUACAUUAUUGCUCAGGUAGCUAAUGGAUUGGUACAAACUACUGGCUGGCCUAGUGUGGUCACCUGCAUCGGCAACUGGUUUGGAAAAGGAAGGAGAGGAUUGAUAAUGGGAUUAUGGAACUCGCAUACUUCAGUAGGAAAUAUUUUAGGAUCCUUAAUAGCUGGCUACUGGGUAUCUACCUGCUGGGGUCUGUCUUUUGUGGUGCCUGGCAUUAUAAUAUCCUUAAUGGGGAUUAUAUGCUAUCUGUUUCUUAUUGAACAUCCUAAGGAUGUAAACUGUACAAUCAAAUCAUCAAAUAAACGUUACCUGAAUAGGUCAAAUAAAUUCAGCAUUCAGAAGCCAGCAUUAAGGAGUAAGAUAAUGAAUACAUCUCAGGAUCCAGAAAUGCAGUGUCUGCUACCCAGCACUGAGAAUUGCACAAAGCCACUGGAUCUUAAUGGAGUAUGUGAACAAUUUGAAAAUGGAAAUGCUGCUAUAAGUUUCACUGGCGCUUUGCAAAUACCUGGAGUGGUAGAAUUCUCUCUCUGUCUGUUAUUUGCCAAAUUAGUCAGCUACACUUUUAUUUUCUGGCUUCCACUGUACAUCACCAAUGUAGAACAUCUUGAUACCAAAACGGCAGGUGAUCUUUCUACCCUGUUUGAUGUUGGAGGAAUUUUUGGUGGAAUUUUAGCAGGUGUAAUAUCAGAUCGACUCAAAAAAAGGGCUACAACUUGUGGCAUGAUGCUGUUGAUAGCUGGACCCACUCUGUAUUUAUUUUCUGCAAUCAGUAAAAUGGGUUUUGAGGCCACAAUAGUUAUGCUGCUCAUCUGUGGAGCUCUUGUAAAUGGUCCAUAUGCAUUGAUCACAACGGCUGUCUCUGCUGAUUUGGGUACCCAUAAAAGCCUUCAUGGAAAUGCAAAAGCACUCUCAACUGUUACAGCCAUCAUCGAUGGAACAGGCUCCAUAGGUGCAGCACUGGGACCGUUGUUAGCGGGUCUUCUCUCUUCAUCUGGUUGGAACAAUGUCUUCUACAUGCUGAUAAUAGCAGAUGCCUGUGCCUUACUGUUUUUACUCCGCCUUAUACGAAAGGAACUUCGAUGUAGUCUUGACCAAACCUUGUUUAAAGAACACUAACUUUUAGACAAGAAAUUUAUUUAAAAUAAUUAUUUUUAAAGAGAUUGAUCCAGAAAUCCUACUUGAUCCUUCUGAGAAGAAAGCUGCUAUAUAAGAGUCCACAUUGCACAUCUUUUUUGGAUUGUUGAUAUUUCUGGAAAUAAUAUUUGCAUGCAAAUCACAUUCCUGAAAAGCUUGCACAGUUAUGUUUAGGCAGCAGAAUUUCGACUCUUCACACCUCCCUUCUUAGUUUUGCACAUUAAUAUCAGGAAUGUGAGAGUGUGAAAUAAUGGAUCUCCAAGCUAUUCUACAUAGCAGAACUGAGCCAAAGAAAAUUGUGCCUUUAUCUUCAUUUUGUCAUAAGUAAAUAUUAUACUACAUGAUUGCUUUUAUGUUUUAAGAUAAUAUAUAGAUUGAAGACAAAAAGCUAAGGAAACAAAUUACCUUUGGAUACUUUUUUGUAAUGUGCUAAAAUUAGCAAAAUGGGGACUGAAAUGUCUGUCAUAUCAUGUCCGGUUUUGUUAAAAAUGACUGUUGAAUAUGUGAUACUUCCUGUUAAGAGUACUCAGAUUUUUCUUAUUGUCCAAUAUUACUAAUGUUUCUCACUUUACAAUUAAAUGUUGAACAUUGAAUAUUUUUACAGUUGAUUAAUAGAUCAGAAAGAAGUAUCUUGUAUUAACAGAACCUUCAAGGCAAGGUUCAGAAUGGUAAAUAUCUGUUAACCUACUCAGUUUCUGAAACUGAUCAAAACAGAGAUUGAUUUGAAAAUAAGAUUCAGUAGUUAUUCCAGCUGUUGCAUUUAUUCUGUCCCAUGGCUAUUUUUAAAAUAAUUUGGGGAAACAUUGUAAAGUAUAUUCACAAACACAGAACCAAAUUGCUAGUUGACAUUGUUGACAUCCAGAUUUGAUACAUUUGGAAGAUUCUUUUGGAUGCUCCCUGGGAUGGCCAGCUGGUAUUUUCCUUCUCAUUUUGUUUAUGCAAAACAGGUCCCAGCAUCAAACUGAAUGGUAAAACUCAUACCUUCAUGACAGUUAGUGUAUUCACAAGAAUCCCUCUUAUGUACUAUGUCUCUGAAACCUUAGAACUGCACUGAAUGCAUUUGACUGAUUUGAUUCCUGUUUAUGAAUGCAUUUUGGAAGAGUAUACAUCUAUUAAAUUACUUACUUACUGGUG